GUCCGCUGCCCCGAUGUCCCCCGCCGCCCUCGUCCCCAUAUGCACCCCGCUCCACCCCAUCUGGGCAUUCGACGUCCUCGCAGCGCAUCUCCAGCACGGAACCCCGGCGGACCCGCCCUUCCACAAUCCCCACGACAGCUACGCCCUCUUUGUAUCCUGGCAUGUCGCCAAACCAGGCCGCAGACACGUCUUGAGGGGAUGUAUAGGCAACUUUUUGCCGAUGCCCCUUGCGGAAGGGCUUAAAGACUACGCCUUGAUCAGUGCCCUCAAGGACCACCGAUUUUCGCCCAUCAAAGCGGCCGAGCUGCCCACGCUUCUUUGCGACGUUUCCCUCUUGACCCCGUUCAUAUCCAUCGCCGACCCGCUUGAUUGGACACCAGGUGAACAUGGCAUCCACAUCACCUUUACUCACCCUACCGACCAUACCCGCAGCUACUCUGCCACUUAUCUCCCACAUAUUUGUCCCGAGCAAGGAUGGACCAAGGAAGAGACCGUCUUGUCGGCCAUAUCCAAAGCCGGCUACAAGGGCAAAGUGAAAGUGGGCGAUAGAGUGUGGAAGAGGUUGCACGUCAAGAUCUACGGCAGCGUCAAGGUGGAAGCCAGUUGGCAAGAUUAUGUCGAAUGGAAACAAUCAAUGAGCGAGAAUGUAAAUGCUGAGUAGAUGGUAUUACUACUGUAUUUAGAACUUUGUAAAGUGCUAGAUUCCUGGUAUAUAAACUUGUCUUGUUGAAUCAUUACUGCAUGUAAUAUUAAAAUCA